CGCUCCAUCAAUACCAUUUCUCGUAGAUCGAGACUUUGCUGGUCUACUCUGAAUAUGUCUUCAUUCAGCUGUUUUGUCGCAGGAAGCUGCACCUGCUAUCGCCAAUUCUCAAAUAAUACGUAUGUCGCCCCAGAGGAACAGGCUGUGGCUACGCAGAUCGACGUGGUAUUGCUACUACUGCGGGUGGAUAGGCUCACAUGUCUUGGCUACAGUAGCUUUUGCUGUUGCACCCAAGUGACAUAUCGCAUGCAAGCAGGAGCAAGGAAACGGACCGGAGCAGCUCUGGGCUAUAGAACGGACGGCCCAACGGCUGUGCGCGCGCCGGCAAUAGCCACUCUAAUUUGGUUGAGACAAAUGUCUUCAUGCGCCCCCAUGCUGUAUACUCGUGUGCACAGCCCCGCGAGUCGCGCCGAAUACACGCAGCCGCGUCUGGCCGCCGCCCUUGUUUCCCCGUUGCAAUACGGCCCCAAUAGAAACGUUCCACGGGAGGUGGAGAACAUCACGGUUUAUGGCAUGCGGCCUUGUGUCACCCGUCGGGCCCUCCCGUUCGAGCCGCUGCUGAUGGUCGUCUGGCGUGAAGGUCCCAGUGCCAUACUCGAUCUCGAGUUCACGCCUGACUGGCCUGCUCUUGGAAUGACCGUUGGAACGUUGACUGGUCUGUGUUCCAUUCGCAACCGUUUCUAGCGAGCAACAGUCAAUCCGUCAGGCCGUUGCGCAGGUCAAGACGCUCCACAGCAUUAUUAUGGAAGUAUGGAGGUCUCGCCUCAUCAAUCCGUUGUCCGUCUACAAAUGUUUAUGUGCACCGGACAAGCCAACAAGUAGGACCCAAACCGGCAGAUUUGUCAUACAUCUGUGUCCUUUGUAUCAUCACUGAUACCUGGCGAAUUGGAUCACUUCGUAUUUAAAAUGAGAAGGUGGAGACAUGGCGGGUAGCAUUGCACAUUGACCCCGGUUUUUAGGGCCGAACACAUACUUGAAGCAUGCGACAUCGCUGAUGUUGGCCUGGAGACAAAUCGACCGUGCUCCGAGUCUACAACUAGUGCAAGUAGCAAGUUACGAACUCGAUAACAACGGGGAAUUUAUGAUAUGUAUCUUAUCUCGCGCUGACUGCCGG